UAAACUGUUUUUCAGUUUGUAUUGAAAAUUUUGAGCAACAAAACAGUUUUUCAAGAAAAAUUUGUAUAAAAUAAAGAAUAUUAAAUUAUAAUAAAGUCCGAAAAAGAUAUAUUGCUAAAAAUCGGGAAUGACUUCUAUACGCAUAAUAAAUUGGCUUGGCAGAGCUUUUUUGAGAUAUGCAAAAGUUACGCAAAUUUCGGGAAUCCAGAGAAGGUUCUUGGCGUUCCAUAACGAUUCACGAGUCACUAAAGGACUCGUUAUUGGUGUGUACCAAAAAAAAGAAGGCAAGGAUCCCAAACUGACACCAAGUGGAGAGAAAUGUGAUGACCGUGUACAAGACAAGGUGACUGAUCUUGUUAAAGAAUGCAAUAUCAAAGGUGCUCUUGGUAAAGGAAAAGUAUUCAACAACGUCGACCAAAAGUAUAGGUCGAUAGCCGUAAUUGGAGUAGGCCCUGAAGGUGCCGGAUUCAAUGAUCUACAAAUGAUUGACGAAUGCACGGAAAAUAUAAGAGUUGCCUCAGGGGUGGGAGCUUGCAGCUUGCAAAUGUAA